UCUCCAGGCUUUUACCUCCAGGAUCCUGGGCACCUGGCCUAUCAGCUUUUGAAGCCUUGGGAUCCUGGAGCCGGACAGUAUUUCUUGACUCUUCUGAGAGACCCAAUCAAUCUCCUGGCCGGCUGCCCCACCAGGAACACAACCCCAGAGGCUAUGCCCAGGAGAUUGGGAGCCACCCCAGCACUAAGGCCCAGGCACAGGGGUCACAGCAGCAGCGGGGCAAGGAGGGUCCCAGCUAUGCCAAAAAAGUUGCACUCUGGCUUGCUGGGCUGCUUGGGGCCGGAGGGACCGUGAGUGUCGUCUAUAUCUUCGGAAACAACUCUGUGGAUGAAAGUGGUGCCAAGAUUCCUGAUGAAUUCGACAAUGAUCCAAUUCUGGUACAACAGUUGCGCCGGACAUACAAAUAUUUCAAAGAUUAUAGACAGAUGAUCAUCGAGCCCACCAGCCCCUGCCUUCUCCCAGACCCUCUGCGGGAGCCGUACUACCAGCCGCCCUACACACUGGUCUUGGAGCUCACUGGUGUCCUCUUGCACCCUGAGUGGUCGCUGGCCACUGGCUGGAGGUUUAAGAAGCGUCCAGGCAUCGAGACCUUAUUCCAGCAGCUUGCCCCUUUGUAUGAAAUUGUCAUCUUUACGUCAGAGACUGGCAUGACAGCGUUUCCGCUCAUCGACAGUGUGGACCCCCAUGGCUUCAUCUCCUACCGCCUCUUCCGGGACGCCACACGAUAUAUGGAUGGGCACCAUGUUAAGGAUAUUUCCUGUCUGAAUCGGGACCCAGCCCGUGUGGUGGUUGUGGACUGCAAAAAGGAAGCCUUUCGCCUACAGCCCUACAAUGGUGUUGCCUUGCGGCCCUGGGACGGCAACUCUGAUGACCGGGUCUUGUUGGAUCUGUCUGCCUUUCUCAAGACCAUCGCGUUGAAUGGUGUGGAGGAUGUCCGGACUGUGCUGGAGCACUACGCCCUCGAGGACGACCCACUGGAGGCUUUCAAACAGCGGCAAAGCCGGCUAGAGCAGGAAGAGCAGCAGCGCCUGGCAGAGCUCUCCAAAUCCAGCAAGCAGAACCUCUUCUUCAGCUCUCUCACUAGCCGCUUGUGGCCUCGCUCCAAACAGCCCUGACCUCUGGGCCUCCUCAAACUCGGUGCCUGGGUCCCGGACCCAGGCUGCAGUGCUCCCAGACCACGGCUUGGGCAGCCACGUGUCCAAUAAAGUCCAUCACAGAUGCCAUA